CAGCAGAGCCGCCCUUGGCGGAGCGUCUGUGCGGGCCCGGGAGCGGCGGCAGCGGCCGGAGCCCGGUGAGGCGGCGGCGGAGCUCGGAGGCGGCCCCAGCGCAGGAUUUUUCAUUCCCAAGGAGUGGCUGGAUGAAGGAGGAGGAAAAGCCCCGGAGAUGCCGCACGAGGAGGGGCUGCAAAGCCAGCGCAGGGAGCUGCGAGGAGCAAAGACCCACCCUGUGCCAGGAGGGCGGCCAGAGAUCCAGCCAGAGCUCAGAGCUGGUGGAGAAGCCACAUGGAGGGGAGAAGCCCCACAAGUGCUUGGAAUGUGGGAAGGGUUUCAGCCGGAGCUCCCACCUGAUCCGGCACCAGGUGAUCCACACUGGGGAACGGCCCUAUGAGUGUGGGGAAUGUGGGAAGAGCUUCAACCACAGCUCCAGCCUGAUCCGCCACAAGACGAUCCACACUGGGGAACGGCCCUACGAGUGUGGGGAGUGUGGAAAAAGCUUCAGCAAGAGCUGCAGCCUGAUGCAACACCAGAAGAUCCACACUGGGGAACGGCCCUAUGAGUGUAGGGAAUGUGGGAAGAGCUUCAGAGCAAGUUCAGCCCUGAUCCGGCACCAGGUGAUCCACACUGGGGAAGGGCUCUACACCUGCUUGGAAUGUGGGAAGAGCUUUGGAUGGAGCUCCAGCCUGAAAUACCACCAGCGCACCCACACUGGUGAGAGGCCCUACGAGUGUCCUGAGUGUGGGAAGAGGUUUGUAAUGAGCUCUGAUCUCCUCGUACAUCAGCGGAUUCACACAGAGGAGAGGCCCUUCCGCUGCCCCGACUGCGGGAAGGGCUUCAAGCAGAACUCACACCUCACUGUCCACCGGCGCAUCCACAGCGGGGAGAGGCCCUAUGAGUGUCCUGAGUGUGGGAAGAGCUUCACACAGAGCUCAACCUUGACCCAGCACCAACGGAGGCACUGCUAAAGGAAGCCCUGUGAGUGCCCCGAGAGUGGGAAGAUCUUGCACUGCUCCAGCUCCAUCCCCCGUGGGAGGAUUGGUGUUGGAUGGUCCCCAGUGAACCCCAUUGGGCAGAGCCCUGGUGAUCCAUGUCCUGGAGAUCCAUGUUGGAAAGACACCUGGCUGUGAGGACUCCAAAUAUUCCUGGUUUCCUGUGGGCACCUGGAUGAACACAGGGGCAGGAACAUCCAUCAGGACACAGACUGACACUGGGAAUUCCUUGGGAGAGCAGAUUUGUUGACUUUCAACCCCAGAAAAUCUUUUGCAUUCAGUCGUAUCUUCUGGGGGCGUCGAGGAAUACUGGAUGGUCUUGGAGGUCUUUUCAAACCUCAGGCAAUCCAUGAUUUUGAUUUCUUAUUGCCCAAGGGUGUCUUCUGCAGCCAAAUGGUGAAUAACUGGGGCCAAGACCAAGAUUUUGGAGACAGUGGGGUGGAAACCCCUCCAAAAAAGGUUCUUCCCUCCCACCCAAGCAUGUGGAUCCUCAGCCGGCACAGACACAGAAAUUCUUUUAUUUGGCCCUGAUUUCCUUUUCAUUUCUCUUCAUCCCUUUAAAAUAUCCAACACUGGGCUAAAGAUAAAGACAUUGAACUAAGACAUGGUGAGGACAUGGCGGGACAUAGACAUGGUGGAACAUAGACAUGGAGAGUGACAUGGGAACACAUGGAUUUUGAGGGGGAUGUGGCCAUUCGUGGGGACAUGGGGGUACGGGCACAGAUGGAGACGUUGGGGACUAUGACAGGGAUGGAAGCAUGGUGAGAAGAGGAUGCACUGCUUGGCUCUGCAAAUCCAACCCUGACUAGCUCCUUGGAGCCAGUGGUAGUGCUAGGAAACGGGAGCUACCUGAGGAAUGCGUCUGCCUCAGGCAAGACCUUUAGGGCAUCCAGUCCCCAAGGGGUAGAUUAAGCUGCAUCCAGGAUCAAGUGAAGGAGAACAAGGAGGCCCUCAAUAUGGGUUCCAUCAAGGAGUUUAUUAGGGCUGAAUGUUCCAGGGAGAGAGAGCAGGGAACAAAGGGUGACAGGGAUUUUUAAGCAGGGGUGGAGCAAGGGGUGGAUACAUUACAACAUCAAUAGUGACACAAUGGGGGAGGAUCACAGGGAGUGGCCCAUAAAACUGGCCAAUAGGGGAAUAUAAGGGACCUUGAGGAAAGGAGAACUUUUGGGAAGCAAGGGUAGGCAUAAUCAUAGACUGACAACUGAGGGGAUGGAACAAACAGGGAUUGACAUACAUUUUUCUGGAAUAAAGGAAGGAACAAACUUAGGGCAAAACCAAUUGUCCAGGAGUCAAGGGAGAUCGGGAACAAACCAUUAGGGAAGCCAAGCACCACAACAGGGAGACAGCCAUGGGUGAGCACAUGGUGGGACAUGGCCAUGGCUGGUGCCAUGGGGGGUACUUGCAGGGGCUGUGGAGGAUGCUGGGUUUGAGGGAGUUGAGGCUUCUGGGGUGGGACUUGGGGCGUGCUGAGGGCUUUGGGGACCCCAGGCCAAGCAGCUCCAGGUUUGCAGGACCCCUUGACCUGGACCCCCAGCCAGGCAUUGGGUUCCUGGAAGGGAAUGAACAUCCUUGUCCCCAGUAGGAAAAUCCCAGCAGCCCCAGGGUGUUGGGGGCAGCUGAGAGGCUGCAACAGGGAAGGGAAAGCCUAAAACCUAAAAUCCUAAAACCCUAAAACCAAGCAUGUGGGACGGUGGUGUUGG